ACAGCUGCCCUGCUGAAGGCUGGCAUGGCACUGAGUACAGGAGUGGUUCUCCGGCUGCUGGUGGUGGUGAUCAGAGGUAUGGCUGCUCCUGCACCAAUCUGCUCUCUGCUGGGCCAACCCGCUCUGCCUCUCCUGUCUGCCGAGGGGGACAUCAACAUUGGGGCAGUGUUCCCUCUACAUAGGAAUGCCCUCUUCAAGGUCCAUUCAUUCACCUCCAGACCAGAGAAAACACCCUGUAUCAGUAUCAACCAACGUGAGUUCCAGUUUGCACAGACCCUGAUCUUUGCCCUGGAGGAGAUCAACAACAGCAGUGAUCUGCUCCCAGGGCUGUCUCUGGGUUACCAGGUCUAUGACUCCUGUAGCUAUGCCCCCCUGGCCAUCCACUCAGCCCUGGCCCUGAUGAACAGCCCUGGGCCUGAGGACAGCCUGGGAGACCCAUCCUCCUGUUCCAGAUCUCCAGCCGUGUUGGGUAUUGUUGGGGAGUCAAGCUCCACAUCCACCAUCGGAAUAUCAUCCCUGGUCGGACCAUUCAGCAUCCCUGUGAUCAGCCACUUUGCCACCUGUGCUUGUCUGAGUAACAAAAAAAAGUUCCCCUCCUUCUUCAGAACCAUCCCCAGUGACUUCUACCAGAGCAGAGCCCUGGCAAAGCUGGUCAAACACUUUGGAUGGAACUGGGUGGGAGUGGUGAACAGCAACAAUGACUAUGGAAACAACGGCAUGGCCACAUUCAUGGAGGCAGCGUGGCAUGAAGGGGUCUGUGUAGAGUACCAAGAGUCCAUCCAUCGCACAGAUCCCAGAGAGAAGCUCCUGGAAGUCGUCAAGGUCAUCCGGAGGGCCACAGCCAGGGUGGUGGUACUGUUCAUGGGCUUGGGGGACAUCGUUCCCCUGAUGAAUGAGAUGGCCCUGGAGGGAGAUCCAGGGCUGCAGUGGGUGGGCAGCGAGGCCUGGAUCACAGCCAGAAUGCUGACGGAGAACAAGGCCUACGGCUUCCUGAGGGGAGCGGUUGGCUUUGCCAUCAGGAAUGCCAGGCUGGAUGGUCUGGAGGGGUUCCUAGACAAGGUGCACCCCUCCCAGGCGCCAGACAACACCCUGCUCAGGGAGUUCUGGGAGACUGUGUUCCAGUGCUCGUUCGAGGGGGGCAGCAGCACGCUGUGCACAGGAACAGAGAGCUUAGCAAAGCUGAAUAACCAAUACACUGACAUGUCAGAGCUGAGAAUACCCAAUAAAGUAUACACAGCUGUAUAUGCGAUUGCACAUGCUCUGCACAACCUAAUGACAGACAUAAAGAAUAACACAGACAGCGGCAAAAGACCAGUCUACAAACCACAGCAGGUGCUACAGUACCUGAAGGAGGUGAGGUUUAGAGUAAAGACAGGAGAGGAGAUCUGGUUUGAUGAUAACGGAGAUGUGGUGGCGUGCUACGACCUAGUGAACUGGCAGCAGGAGGAGGAUGGGACCCUGCAGUUCCAUGUUGUUGGGCUGUAUGAUUCCUCGAUGCCCCCUGAACAGCGCAUUAACUUCAACAAGGGAAAACUGGUCUGGGCAGGGGGCCAGGCAGAGGCACCUGCAUCAGUGUGCAGUGAGAGCUGUCCCACAGGCACUCGUAAGGCUGUACAGAAAGGAAAGCCUGUAUGCUGUUAUGACUGUGUACCAUGUGCGGAGGGAGAGAUCAGUAAUAUCACAGAUUCUAACGGCUGCUAUCGAUGUGACUUGGAGUAUUGGUCCAAUGAAAAAAGGGACCGCUGUGUGUUGAAACCAGUUGAAUUUCUCUCCUAUGAAGAAAUGAUGGGCAUAGUUCUGGUGUUUUUCUCCUUACUGGGAUCCGGUGUUACUACUCUGGUAGCUGUUGUGUUUUCAAUUCACAAGGACACUCCCAUUGUCAGAGCCAACAACUCUGAGCUGAGCUUCCUGCUGCUCUUCUUCUUGACUCUGUGUUUUCUGUGUUCUCUUACUUUCAUCGGCCGGCCCUCUGAGUGGUCCUGUUCACUGCGCCACACAGCAUUUGGGAUCACCUUCGUCCUCUGCAUGUCUUGUGUUCUGGGGAAAACAAUAGUGGUUUUGAUGGCCUUCAGGGCUACACUUCCAGCCAGUAAUAUCAUGAAAUGGUUUGGUCCUCCACAGCAGAGACUCAGUGUUCUUGCUUUCACUCUCAUACAGGUCCUGAUCUGUGUACUUUGGCUAACAGUCUCCCCUCCUUUCCCCUACAAGAACAUGAAGACCUAUAAGGAAAAGGUCAUUCUAGAGUGUGAUGUGGGUUCAGCUAUUGGUUUCUGGGCUGUGUUGGGGUAUAUAGGACUCCUGGCUCUCUUGUGCUUUGUGCUGGCUUUUCUGGCUCGAAAGCUGCCUGAUAACUUCAAUGAGGCCAAAUUCAUCACCUUCAGCAUGCUCAUAUUCUGUGCUGUCUGGAUCACCUUUAUCCCAGCUUAUGUCAGCUCUCCUGGGAAGUUCACUGUAGCUGUGGAGAUCUUUGCUAUUCUUGCCUCCAGUUUUGGUUUACUUUUCUGCAUUUUUGCUCCUAAAUGUUUCAUUAUAUUGCUGAGGCCAGAGCAAAACACCAAGAAACAUAUGAUGGGGAAGACAUCCAAUGAUAUACGAUAUUAAAGAAACAUAUUUUGGGAAAGGCGUCAACCAAAGCCCUUUAGGAUGAAUACUGACCAUUGGCUUAUUCAAAGUCUUUCUAUAAUAAACACAGACACAUCAUAUCUAAGUCAAUCAUGGGUUAUACUCAUCCCCAGACACAUCAUAUCUAAGUCAAUCAUGGGUUAUACUCAUCCCCAGACACAUCAUAUCUAAGUCAGUCAUGGGUUAAACUCAUCCCCAGACACAUCAUAUCUAAGUCAAUCAUGGGUUAAACUCAUCCACAGGCUCAAUUGAUACCAAAAAAUAGAGCCUGGAAACACUGUGCAAUGAAGUGGGACUUGAAAGGGGAAGGGUUCAAAUCAAGGAUAGAGAGAGCCUGCUACAGUUUGACUAUGAAAACUGCAGAAAACCUCACAAUGAUCAUUGGACUUUUAGGAAGCCCCAACUGAUUCUGAGUUUGGGCUUAUUUCUUAUUUUAUUUAUUUCACCUUCAUUUAACCAGGUAGACUAGUUGAGAUGAGGUGCUCAUUUACAAAUGCGACCUGGCCAAGAUAAAGCAAAGCAGUGCGACACAAACAACAACACAGAGAGUUACACAUGGAAUAAACAAACAUGGAGUCAAUAAUACAAUACAGUGUGUGCAAAUGAUGUAGGAUAAGGGAGGUAAGGCAAUAAAUAUGCCACAGUAGAUACAUAAUGACAAUAUAGCAAUUAAACACUAGAGUGAUAGAUGUGCAGAUGAUGAAUGUGCAAAGGAGCAAAAUAUGAAGUUUACAUGUGAGAACUACGUGCAUUCUUCCUGAUUUCCCGAACUCACUUCCUUGUUUAGCCUAAUUUGUUUGUAGAGGGAAGGUUCUAAGGGUUACGUUGGAUGGUGAUGGACUGAGAUAUCAGCCAAUGUAAAUCCGCUCCUGCCAUAGGCUCCAUUACUGUCUCUUCAUGAGACAUUGUGAGAGAUGGUUUGAAAGAGAAAGAGCCGGCUGGUGGACAAGAUCUUUCAUGGGUACAUAGAUGUUCAAUAAGUACAAAAAGUCCUGAACAAACAUCCAACAGCACAUUAUGCCAAGCAGCCAUAUCUACAUGGGUGUGGUCGCACAUUAUGCCAAGCACCCAUAUCUACAUGGGUGUGGUCGCACAUUAUGCCAAGCAGCCAUAUCUACAUGGGUGUGGUCGCACAUUAUGAAAGUCAAGACAAUAAUGAAGCAGAAAGAAAAUGUAUUAUUUUGACUAUGUUUCUCACUGCUCUACCCCAGCGGCCACUGACAGCCUGCUGUGCUUCCACAGGCCCCCUCAGUGACCCCCUCAGUGACCCCCUCAGUGACCCCCUCAGUGACUGCUGCUGUCCAGUCCAGGUCCAGAUCAGGAGCCCACACACAAGCCCCUUACUGAGCCUCUGUUUCACAGGCCUGCUCUGGACAAGCAUGGUCUACUAUCUCAUCAAAAACAACAUUGACCUCUUAAACCUCUCCUCAUAGGCCUGUGGGCCACAACCCAAUGUGUGUCAAUACACCAAUGGGCAUGUGGCAUUCAUACCACCAUCAACACAUAGCAAGGCCUCAGUGAAAUGUGUUAUAAAGAAUAUAUGUGUAUUUUCCAUGUAUCGUGUAAUGUAUUGGCUACCCUUCAUGUAAUAUUACAGUGGUUGUAAUAAACAAUUCAGCUGUCUAAUA